AUGGGGAACAAGGAAAGUGUGCCUGUGUUUACGGAGGAUGAGCUCAGAAUGUACAGGGAUCUGACUGUUUUCUCUAAGAACGAAAUUCGCCAUGUUUACCAGAAGUUCCAAGCAUUGGGGACCAAAGAUAAACCUGUGACAAGGGACAGUAAAAUCCCCAGGGAGGAUCUUUACAGACUGAAGGAACUCAGGAUAAACCCAUUCAAAGAUCGGAUGGUGACUGUGUUCUCUUCCAGCAAAGACGGAAGUAUGACAUUUGAGGACUUUUUGGAUAUGAUGUCUGUCUUCAGCGAAAAGUCGACUAAACAAAUAAAAGCAGAAUAUGUUUUUAGGAUAUACGAUUUUGAUGAAGACGGCUAUUUGGGCUGGGAAGACAUUAGGACAGUCAUAAGUUUACUGACAGGAGAGGAGAAACUUAAAGAGACCGACAUGUAUCAGCUCAUAGAGAAUAUGUAUAAUGAGGGAGAUGUAGAUGAUGACGGAACAUUGUCGUUUGUCGAGUUUGAGAACAUGAUGGACAACUGUCCGGAUAUUGUGAGAAACUUCCGGUUCCGUCUCUGACAGUUUUAAACGUUUUAUUUCAUACACCGAUUAUUGACGAGUUGGUACUUGUAUUAUCCUUUGACUAAAUAAAAUCAAGUGCAUUGCGUA